ACUGUACCCUUUGAAUUUAGUGUCCCAAAAACCAAAGGUUCCCCAUUGUCCCUUCUUGUGCUCCACUCCACAACGUGGACCACUAACCCAGAGUCUAUUGGUUUGCGGAGGUUUUAAUACUAGCCUUCAUGGAGGAUAGCAAUAAUUGUGACACAUGUUGGGAAAUCAACAGUGCGGAUAAUGGCGCUGAGUCCAUGGAAGAAGUAGAUGAAUGUGAUGUAAUUAUGUAUGAUAACUUGAAUCAGGGUUGUGAACCUUGCGGCCCAGCAUCGGGGAUGUCAUUUCCUUCCAAGGAUGCUGUUAAAUCAUUUUAUAGGCAGUAUGCUUGUAGAAUGGGAUUUGGUUUCAUGAUAAGAAACUCGAGAAAACGACGUGAUGGAAAGUUACAUUACUUUAUACUAGCAUGUUCACGAGAGGGAAAUCGUGUGCCAAACACUUUGAAGUCAUUGCCCACAAUCAAGAAUAAUUGUGAAGCUAGAAUUACAGUCUCUUUGAAAGAAGAUGGAUUGUGGUACAUAAUGAAAGCAGUACUUGACCACUCUCAUGAGCUUAGCCCUACAAAAGCAAUAAGGUUCAAAGUAAACAAAAACACUAACAUGCAAUUGAAGAGAACAAUAGAAACCAAUCAUGAAGCAAGGGUGGAGAUGAACAAGACCAUCCAAUCUCUUGUUUGUGAUGUGGGGGGCUAUGAAAAUUUAUCAUUUGCUGAACGAGAUGUUAGAAAUUAUGUUCAGAAGAAAAGAUAUAUAAAUGGAAAACAAGGUGAUGGUAGGGCUCUAACUAGUUAUUUUUUAAGGAUGCAGGAGCAAAAUCGAAGUUUCUUCUACGAUAUAGACUUGGAUGAUUUUUUUUGUGUGAAAAAUGUAUUUUGGGCAGAUGCAAGAAGUAGAGCAACAUAUGAUUCAUUUGGAGAUGUGGUUACUUUUGACACAACAUGCCUAACAAAUAAGUAUGAAAUGCCAUUUGUUUCAUUUGUUGGUGUUAAUCAUCAUGGGCAACAUGUUUUAUUGGGAUGUGGUCUACUUUCUACUGAAGAGACAGAGUCUUUUGUGUGGCUAUUUAAAUCUUGGUUUCGUUGCAUGUCAGGAAAUCCUCCUCAAGGUAUAGUGACUGACCAAUGCAAAGCAAUACAAAAUGCUAUUAAGCUAGUCUUUCCAAACACCAAACAUAGGUGGUGCUUAUGGCAUAUAAUGAAAAAAAUCCCUGAGAAGUUGAAAACAAAUGCUGAAUAUAAUAAGAACAUAAAGAAUGCCAUGAAAGGUGUAGUUUAUGAUACCUGCACAGAAGCUGAAUUUGAAGAUCGAUGGGGUUAUUUUGUCAAAGGAUUUAACUUACAAGACAAUGAAUGGCUGAAUGAGUUGUACAAUGAGCGAAGGAGAUGGGUUCCAAUUUUCUUAAGAAAGGAUUUUUGGGCAGGAAUGUCUAUCAGUCAACGGGGUGAGAACAUACAUCUCUUUUUCGAUGGAUAUAUCAACCGAACAACUUCUUUGCAACAGUUUGUUCAACUGUAUGAUGAUGCCCUCCAUAACAAAGUAGAAAAAGAGUUUGAAGCAGAUUUGCGAUCAUUCAACACAAUGGUUCGUUGUGGAUCAAAUUCAAUGAUUGAAAAACAAUUCCAAUCUUCUUAUACCCAUGCAAAAUUUAACGAGGUGCAAGCUGAAUUUAGAGCAAAAAUCAAUUGCUCUGUAUCCCUUAAGUGUGUGGAAGGUAACGUUUGUACUUAUGAUGUGUUGGAGGACAUAAUAGUUGAAGGACAACCAAAGGAAGCUAAUUUUGAGGUCAUAUUUCAUCGAGACAAUCAUGAUGUUAGCUGCAAGUGUUCACUGUUUGAGUUUAGAGGCAUUGUGUGUAGACAUUCACUUAUUGUAUAUGCACAAGAAAGGGUGAAACAAGUACCAGCAAAGUAUAUUUUGCCAAGAUGGAGCAAAAAUAUAAAAUGGAAACAUUCAUAUACCAGGAGUAGUUACGAUGUGAUACAAUUGAAGACACAAAUGCAAAGGUAUGACAAUUUGUGCCAGGACUUUUAUGAGAUUGCAGAAGUUGCUGCAGAGUUUGAGCAUGUUACCUAUUUCCUUCAAAAUAACCUGUGUGAUUUGAAACGGAUGGUACAAUCCAUGGCUGCAUCCACUCACCGACCUGCAUUCUUACCUAAAUAGGGAGGAAGAAGAAGAAGAAAGAUCCAAACAAUCAGGUAAAGUCACUAAGCAGCCUUGGCAUGUUUCUUCACGCAUGCUUCUACGUGAAAAGGGAUGGGAGGAAGAGGCAGGGGGAUUGAGGGAAAGAAUUGUAAUUAUUUUAGGAUUUUUGCCAAGUUGGAAUUUUUGUUUUUUUGGCUAAUGUGACACACCACAAUGUAACAAAUGUAUUAUUGGUGUGCAAAUAACAUUUUUGUAUACCCCCUUCAUGUUUGGUUGGCGUACAGUGUAGUUUAAGCAA